CCUCGGCACUUGGACUCCUACAGCCUCCAGGGCCGGAUCCCCACAGACUUCCAGGUCCUAGACCCCAGCAGACGCUAAGCUAUGGCUUCCAUGGGGCUGCAGGUGAUGGGUAUCGCUCUGGCCGUGCUGGGCUGGCUGGGCGCCAUACUGAGCUGCGCGCUGCCCAUGUGGCGCGUGACGGCCUUCAUCGGCAGCAACAUCGUCACGUCCCAGACCAUCUGGGAGGGCCUGUGGAUGAACUGCGUGGUGCAGAGCACGGGCCAAAUGCAGUGCAAGGUGUACGACUCGCUGCUGGCGCUGCCGCAGGACCUGCAGGCGGCCCGCGCCCUCAUCGUCAUCUGCAUCAUCUUGGCCGUGCUCGGUGUGCUGCUCUCGGUGGUGGGCGGCAAGUGCACCAACUGCGUGGAGGAUGAGAGCGCCAAGGCCAAGACCAUGAUUGUGGCUGGCGUGGUGUUCCUGCUGGCCGGCUUGCUGGUGAUGGUGCCCGUGUCCUGGACGGCCCACAAUAUCAUCCGCGAUUUCUAUAACCCACUGGUGGCCUCGGGCCAGAAGCGGGAGAUGGGUGCCUCGCUCUACAUUGGCUGGGCCGCCUCUGGCAUGCUGAUGCUCGGUGGGGCCUUGCUUUGCUGCAACUGCCCGCCCCGUACCGACAAGCCCUACUCCGCCAAGUACUCUGCCGCCCGCUCCGCUCCAGCCAGCAACUACGUGUAAGGCGCUACCAUUGACUCUUCCUUUUGGCUUUGUUUCUCCCUGGACUGAGCUUACUGUGACCCCAGGAUGGCCCUGCCAAGCAGGGACUGAGCCAGGCCGUUGGCCAGCAGCCCUCAGCCCCUCCUGGCCCUCUCGGACAUUUUCUCAAGGUCACCUCCAACACUAGCACGGAUGGAUGGAGAGACUCCUGCACCACCUCCUCGGAAUGGCCGUGGAUACAGGGGGCUGUGGCUUCUGCUGGCCCGGACGGCUCAGCCCUGAUUUUGCUUGGGCUCU